UUGUUUCUCCUUUCGUCCAUUUCUCCCAACAGUUGACAGCCUUUAGUGAUAUUUUAAAGUCAUGCCUCCACAAGAAAACGAAACUGCAGAUACAGCGACGAGCAGUCAAACCGAAAGCGAUACGGGACCGCCGGCUAGCCCUAACUGGGCUGCGCUUAGAGUAAGUAUGAAAUAUUUAUUUUAUAGUAUCGUAAAAUCAAACAAAUGUGUCAAAAUUACAAAGCUAAAGUUAACUGUUUACUCUACAGAACUAUUCUGGUACUUUUUUUUUACUGAAUUUUGCCCGCAAUUUCGAUCGAUGUGAAGAGGCGGCUUUGUUUCAUUUGAACUUUUAAAACUUGGGUGAUUAUAAUAUUGUUUUUCUUUGAUAUCUGCUGUCAUUGAAAUUCGACCAAAUUAUUUUUGCUCUUUAAUCAGCAUUAACUUCACUUUGCUGGGACAAACUUGUCACGAACAAACAUGGUAAUUUUUUUUCGAUUGCGUGAUAACGUGAUCGAUCGUCGGUUGUUUCUUACGCGUACAGUUGCUCAUAAAAUCACUGUCUGUGUCAUCAUAUUAUAUGUUUUAUGCAAACUUCAGCAUUUCAAAGUGUCAGUUGUUACGAAAACUGAUCGAAUGCGAAGUUUUACAUUAACUGCAUAUCUUUUUUGUAUUUUAUAAUGGAAAAAGUAAUGACUUUUGAUGGUUUUGGUGCUGUAUUCUUUUUCUGAAGUGUGCUAUUUUAUAAAAAAAAAUGACCCUGUUUUUUUUAUCUAGCACUAUAGUUCAUGUUUCUGUUUUCGAUUAGAGAGCUAAAGCUACUCAGACGUAUAGUACUUGUAAUUGACAACAAUUUAUGAAAGUAAAUCAUGGGGAGUUUGCUUGUCAGAGUCCCACUAGGGAAAUAAAUUUAUUAGUCUUUGUCUUUAACUCAGUUUUUCCCUAUUGAACAUAUUGCCAUUAAGCCAAAUCAUUAAUUUUUUAUAGUUCUAAGGGAACCCUAUUUUAACAACUAAAUUUAGCAGAUCCUGAAUAAACUUUGGGUCGACUGUAAGGCUGAUUUCUAAAAUGGGUUAAUUUUUACAGGCAUUGUGUUAUUGUUGCGAUAGUAAGCUAUCAUCAUAAAAGACUGUAUAGUGGAAAGGUGUACUGCCACCAAGAGCAAUCAAUAAAAACCCCUGUAUGAUAAGUGAUGUUCCUGAGUAAACCACAGAGAUAACAUUAUGGUGUAUUGAAAAUUGAUUAAUUUGGAAGAAGUACUUUGACUUUAUUGAGACUGACUUUUCCGUCCCCCUUUUGCAAAAUUAUCCUCUGAAAUAUUUUUUCCGUACAUCUAGUAUUGAGACAUGAAAUGAAAUAUCUACUAUUGGCCACAUUUAAUGGUCUUAAUGGGAUAUUAGUUGAGCAAAAAUAUAUAUGAUAUUACCAUCAUCUAUCACCUUUUAUUGACUUCUUACGAGGUGACAGAUUUAGUCCAGUUUGAUUGGGUGUUCUUGUUAAUCCUAAAAUAAAAUCAAGAUACAUUGUAUUUUUUAAGUCUAAUAGGCAAUGCUCUAUUUUGUAUCAUUCCUUCCAAUCCCAAGAAGAGAGGGCGGUUCCAAUCUCAAAUGAAAAUUUUAGACAUUGAUUUUUGGCAUGAGUGGGUCCUAAAUUUUAUUUUGGAAGAAAAAGAAAAUCAGAAAGUACCCUCAAAAUGAGAAACAGCAUAGACCUGCUUAAAAUUUGAUAUAUAACUUGCCCUUGUAGCGAAAAUACUCGCGCGACUAGAAUUUUAUUCUGUGGGCACCUCAUUUUCCUUUACCGAGACCUUAACUACUCUACAGCCAACUAUGAAGCAGUUCUCACUAAAAAUUAUUUUCACGGUUUAACAAAUGUAUGUUGUAUUAAUUGCAGAGAUAUCUUUUGGACAACAAGAUUGAUGCAGCAUUAUGGCUCACAAGAGUAUUUACCAUCAUAAGUGCAAUUCUUUAUUUGCUGCCAUUCUUUAGGUAUGCCUGUUUUCCUCUUGAAUUUUAAAGUGACAGCCGAAAAAAAUACCAGUAUCAUUUUCUGGCAAAAUAUUGAGUUUUAUAAAAUACAUACAGUGAUUGUACUACUCAGUAGCUGUCAACUGAAUUAUCAACACAAAUGUUAUUUGUACAUAAUUUAUGAAAAACAGCAGUCCUGGAACUUUCAUAAGAAACUGCACCUUAACACUCUUUAAAUCACAGGCUUGAGACUUCUAUUCACUAGUACUUUUUGAUUUAUUAUAAACUAAGAAGUGUUUGCAUCAAAAAGAAAGGGCGGUAUUACAUUUUGACCUUGGAAAGUUGACUCAAAGUCGCAAGUCUUUAAAAAAAUCUCAUGUAAGCAAACUCCUUUGAAGUGUUUCUAUUAACCUUUGAUUUAUUUAUUUCCUAUGAGUAUUGAUGCUUUUUUCCUCUAGCCCCAUGUUUAGCUAUAACUGCUAUAAAAGAGCUCUAAUAAGUUCAGCGGCGACGUCAGCGUUAAGGUUGCACCAAAGGCUUCCAGUAAGUACAUCAACAUUAUCGUCAUCAUCAUUGCUUUAUCAUUAUGAUUGCCAUUUUCUUCCGACUACAAAAUUUUUCUUGUUGAACCUCCUGCGGACAACCACGCAAAAUGCCAAGAUUUUGCAGUUAAGUGGUCACCUAUUAGAGGUGAUUAAACAUAGAUCCACAUAUAAUGCCUUGUUUCCAGCACCAUCUCUCGCUCACCUAUUUGAGCCACCCAAUUGUCCUGGAUAAAAUCGAAUUUUGAUCUUUUCUGUGCUUUUGUAUGGAAUUUAGCCCAUUUUCCCCGAAGAUUUGAAUUUUUUAAAAUAUAGAACCGUUUCUGGGCAUUUUUGCGUGUAUUUUAUCACUCUGUUUUGUCAUCCCGUGACACUUUCCUUAUUACGGCCACCUUUCUACUUGUACAACAGCCUCUUCCCUUACAUCCUUGUCCCUAAGUCACCAUUAUAGAGGUUUGAUGAUAUUUGAAUCAAGACUGAGUUCAACCUAGGUCAAAUCAUAAUAUGUUUUUUUUUUUUGGUCUGAUCCUGUAACUAUUUAAAUUCAGCUUCUUAGGUAAUCCUCUCAGACUAAGUUCUUUGUUUACAGUGUGUUUACAUUAUGUCAUUUUUGUUUUCUUUCUUUUUUUGUAUUUAUUUGCAGAGAUUCCAGUUUUCAAGGGAAUAUUUGGGAUUGUUAUUUGCUGAAGACAGCUGUCAUUACCUUCUCUUCAGUGUUAUGUUUAUCAGCUCUCAUCCAGUUACAAGUAUCCUUAUUAUUUAAUUCAGAAAAGAGAUAAAGUUGAAAAAAGAUGCUUGCAGCUAAGUUGUAUUAAUUUGUCGUCCUUUUUAGGUCCAAAUGUGACUUUGGUUGAAACACAUUUCCAGUUCACUACAUAAUGGGUACCUGGAAAAACACAUCAGUUACUAGUAAUAAUCUUUUAGAAUUUCCUUUCAAAUUUUGUUGUGUUUUGAUGGGGGAAUCCGACAUAACAUAACCAACAUGAUGCCCAAAUCUUCAGCCUGUCUCUGCUGUCCUGAUGUCGGAUGAAAGACUAGUGAAAGGAAAUAGCUUUUCAAAAUUAUGUGAAAGAUUUUUGGCAAUUAAUAUUAAUGGAUCCAAACCACCAUCAUAGAAAGGAUUUCCUUUGUUUCUUUUCAUGAAGUAUUGAUGAGUUAAAAAACAGAAAUAUCAAGGGUAAGUUAAGCAACAUGUUUCAUGCAGCCCUUGAAUGCGUUAGCUACGACACUGACAUUUGACUGUUUUAAUGAAAUUUUACAUUCUUAUCUCAGUUUUUCCUUGACAGCACAUUUCUUUUGCAGUUAUUUUAAUUCCUGUUGCACUGUUUGCUCUUCUCCAUACUGUGUCAUUUACUAAAAAGUUACUAGAUGUAAGUAGAUUGACCAUUUCCCCUUUAUAUUCCGAGAGACAGAACUCAUCACUCUUGAUUCUUCUGGAAGAUUUUUUCUAGCCUGUUCAAGCCGGAAGGUAUUAGGGAAGGCAAAGUAAGAAUACUAGAGUAAACGUUACGUGGUGGCUGAAGAGAGAUGAUGCUUGCUCGCUUUUUCACCAAUCAUUUGCUUUUUCGCUCAUCUGCACUGACUGAGUUAUGUAGUACAAUGUCCCACACUUAACUCUCUUGUUUUGAAUGUUUUCCGACCACUUCCCCUAUAAGGAUGCUUUGGGGAAAAGAAGGAGAAUUUGGGAAUUUAAGAGGAAAGAAAACUUGCUAGAGUUAGCAGUAGUUAAAGAAGAGUGGUUGCAAGAUCUUCCCUUGUAGUAAUAUAAGUUAUUUUUACAUUUUAUGAUUUUUUUACUUUAAUAGAUUCUUGGAAGUGGUGGUAUGCUAAACAUGUCACUUGUGAGGUAAAGACUCAUUUUUGUGUUUAAAUUUAGUGUCCUUAAUUUGGCCAAUCAGGUUCAAUUUUCCUUUGUUCAUUGACUGGCCCUCUAAGAUAGAGUCAAAGAAUUACUGGAGAGGCGUCAGUUUAAGAGAAGUGUCCAUUAUCAGAGAUCUUUGUGCACUCAUCAUUUCACAAGAUUGGGGCAAAGAAACAAAUCUGAGUUCCAAAUCUCACAAGUCUUGCUGGGUGUUUUGUGCUCUGACCACUGAGCUAUGGAAGAGCUUAGCAUCAUUCUUGUUAUUUUUGUCUGUAGGUCAGCUCAAACAGCUAUUCAGAAAGUACAGACACAUCAGCAAGGACUUCUGAGGUUCAUCGCCUGCACAGAGAUCAUGUUAAUGCCUGCUGUUGUUUUAAUGAUGUUGAGGUGUGUAUGACAUUGUUUGAAGAGGCUCUGCUGAGGUAAAAUUCCAGCAAGCGACAUGACCUUGAAAUAGGACAUAAGACUAGAUGAAAUGGCGAUAAAUGACAUAAAGAUAAGUUGAAUGCCGACAGGGACAUGGCCUAACUCCUCAAAACGUGAAAUGACCAUUUUUGACAUUCAGACAAGGGACAUUAUGUACCCACUCCUCCCCCCACCCAAGAGGGCCCCUUUUAAGCACUUGCCACUGGCUGGCCUGUUGUGUUACAGCUGUUAAGUCACGUCAUUCACUUGUCUAUUUUUAACACAUUUUAAUUGCUGUGAAAAUUUAUGGUGCUACUGCUAUGUUUCUUAUUCUAAAUAAUAAUGAAAUUUGAUGAAGAAGACUGCAGAUCAAUCUAGGUUUCUGGGAAACUGCCUACCUACCCCUCCCCUAAGCCAACAUUUUGCCCUAAGUGAGAAGUAAGUGAUAAUGCUGGAUUAGGGGAGGGGUAGGUGGGCAGCUUUCGAGUUUUCCUACUUCUUUUUUUUUUCAUUUCAGUGGUCAAGUUGGCAUUAUUAUUCCAUUUGUUUACUAUCGAUUUCUUGGACUCAGAUAUGCGUCCAGACGAAACCCUUACACCAGGUUUGUAGAUGACAUGAAAUAGAGUAAUAAUGCAAGUGUUGUUUACAGGGGCCCAUUAAAUGUAUUAUCCAAUCAGAUUACAAGAAAUGUUUAAAAUGGCCUGGAAUUCACGGUAGUUUCCCUAUAAUAACAUUGCUUGAUAUUGGUUAGCAAUAAUAUUAUGUGCAUACAGUUUCGAUCAUUAAGACUCGAGUUAAACAAGCUGUUGAUUUUUUCUGCAGGCAUCUAUUUGCUGAACUAAGGCAAUCAGUUCAACAGCUUGUAGGUCAUCCUCGCUGUCCUAGCUUCUUACGUUCGCUGGUGUUCAGAGUCACUGCCUUCAUUGCAAAUCUGGCUCCUCCAGUGAUGACAGCACCACCACCUCAGGCUUCUUCAUAAUCUGGAAAAUAAUAUAAUAUUAUUGAAUAAGCUGUUCCUUAAAUAUUCAUCAACUAAGUUAAGAAUGCUUUCAAUUAGUCAGAAGUGGCUGGCCAGGUCAGCCAGUCAUAAAGAGAAUUCCACCAUUUGUUAGGACUGUCCAGCACCAGAUCAGUCUAUUUCUAAAAUAGCAGGCAGGUUAGUAAUGUUUUUUUUUUUUGUCUGGCCAGUCAGUUCUGGCUAUUGGUAAGCUUCCUAACUGAUAAAAUCAUUGAAAAUUAAGAAUGCAUUAUGCACUUUCCUUGAUUUUGCAGGUUUUUAAAUGAUGUAGUACUAUUGUCUUGGUUGCAUAUUUUUAAAUUCUGUGUACUCCUUAAAUGGCCUGCCGAAUGGUUAAUGUGGAAGUUACUCUACAAAUUAUUGUCAAUGUUGUGGUUACUGUCAUUCUUAAAUCAAAUUGCUUUUCCCAUGUUUGAAAGUCAUCAUUGGUAUUGUAAGUCACUUUGCCCAAAGAGAAAGGGAAAUAAUGUUUGAGUCAAGGAUAAAAUGUAACCACCACGUCAACAAAAAUUGUCCAACAGUGUCAGAGUUUUAAGAUAGGAACAUUGUUGUCAUAAAAAGCAUUUUUUGUUCAUAGUGUUGAAAUGAAUGCUAUGUUUUUUGUUCUUGUAAACAUUGUGAGUAAACUAAUAAAUUAUUUUAUUUAUCAGUCCAAAUCAAUGUCCUAACCCAUGUUAAUGCUACAACCCAAUGUAAAGCAUCUCUACAGUAAUGGGUACGAGAAUAAUUUUCACCCAGGAAUUUUCAGCCUGCUAAAGGAUCUUUGUGGAUAACAUUUUAUUUGGUUUUUACUCUUUCUCCAGCUGUGUUUUAUUUGAAAUGACAAAUGUAGUUGUUAUUAUUUAUACAUGCUGUACUUGAAAGUUUCAUUAAAUAGAAAACAGAUUUGAAAAUAUUUUCCUUAUUUUGAGAUCUCUAAAACAGGUUGUGUAAAUUUUUUUUCCAUAUUGUGAUAAUGAAUUCUUUAGCCUGUGUAGCUGGCAGUUUUUUGGGUGAAAUUUUCUUUGUGUACAUCAUAUUUAUACAGCCCCGCAAGGUCAAACAAAAAAAAAUGAUGCCUUCUCUCCUCGCCCCUCGCCUCCCCCACCCCCCAUUGUUUUCUGGUUCAACCUCAGUUCAGCUUUUGUGCGGUUUAUCUCUAACUUUACGAACCACAAAAGAAAAAACAAACAAAAAAAAACCACCAUCUAUGCAGGCUGUGAACUCUGAGAC